AAAGAUGGCAGACUUGAAAACUUUGACCCGGCAAAACUGAUGAAGAGACUGGUCAACAUAAGUUUUCUGUUGAAUGGAGACUUUCUUAAUUUGAAGGAUAUAGUAGAUAAAGUUCAGAAUGGACUGACACGAAUAAUGAAAAGUGAAGAGCUUGAUAAACUAGUGGCUGAGAUUGCAGCUUCAAUGACCACCAAACAUCCCGACUACAACAUUUUGGCUGGAAGACUGGCCGUCAGCAAUUUGCAUAAGAAAACUAAAGACAAAUUUAGCGAAGUCAUAAAAGAUCUCCACAACUACACCAAUCCUCACUAUUUUCCUCCCUCUCUCACUACUUCUCACCUCCCUCUCAUCUCAACAUCUCUCUACGAAAUUGUGUUGUCAAAUUCUGAUCGGAUUGAUUCUCAAAUUGAUCAUAGCAACGAUUUCAAUUUUACAUAUUUCGGAUUCAAAACGAUGGAGAAAUCGUAUUUACUGAGAUUGAAUGAAAGGGUGGUGGAGAGGCCCCAGAUGAUGUUCAUGAGGGUGGCACUUGCCAUACAUGGGGGUGAUUUGGAGGGGGCUUUUGAGUCAUACAGAAUGCUGUCAGAUGGUUACUUCAUUCACGCCAGUCCGACGCUUUUCAAUGCUGGCACUCCGCGUGCAAAUCUUUGCAGUUGUUACUUGCAGCCUGUAAUAGAAGACAGUGUCCAUGGAAUUUUCAGCACCCUCAAAAGAUGUGCCCUCAUCUCGAGGGGGGCUUCAGGGCUCGGCCUGGCCGUUCACGACGUCAGAGCUGCCGGAAGUUACAUACAUGGGAUACACGGGAAAUCAAAUGGCCUGGUGCCAAUGUUGCGUCUCUUCAAUGAUACGGCAAGGUUCAUUUCUCAAGGGGGGAACAAGCGACCAGCCGCAUUCUCUAUUUACUUGGAACCCUGGCACAGUGACAUCAUAAACUUCUUGAACCUUCACAAAAACAGUGGGGUAGAAGAACAACGAGCACGUGACCUCUUCUACGGCCUCUGGAUACCUGACCUGUUUAUGGAGAGAGUGGAGAGGAAUGAGGAGUGGACCCUCUUCUCUCCCGAUGUUUGCCCAGGGCUCUCUAAAGUUUGGGGGGACCAGUUUAGGGAACUUUAUGAACAUUACGAGCGUUCAAAUGUAGGACGUGUAAGGAUGGCAGCACGCAAGUUGUGGGAGGAGAUAUGUACGGCGCAGGUUGAGACUGGCAUGCCGUACAUGAUGUACAAGGACGCCUGCAACCGGAAAAGCAACCAGCAGCAUCUCGGAACCAUCGUCACUAGCAAUCCAUGCGCCGAGAUCAUUCAAUACUGCGCACCUGAGGAGGUGGCCACAUGUAACGUCGCUUCUGUCGCUCUUAACAAAUUUGUGUCGCCAGAUGGCACGUCAUUCAACUUUACUGAAUUAGGAAAAGUUGUUGGAAUAUUGUUAAAGAACCUCGACAAAAUUAUUGACGUCAACCAUUACCCGCUCAAAGAAGCCCAGCUGGGCGCGAGGAGGCACCGUGCGUUGGCGUUGGGGGUUCAGGGGCUGGCCGAUGUCUUCCAGAUGAUGAAAAUGCCGUUUGGCAGCAAAGAAUCGAAAAAACUAAACAAAGAAAUUUUUGAAAGCAUUUAUUUUUACGCCCUGCAAACGAGUUGUGAGCUGGCGAAGAAAUUUGGACCCCACCCCUCCUUCCAUGGAUCACCAGCUAGCAGAGGGAUACUUCAGAUGGACAUGUGGGGUCUCCAGCAAUCAGAAGAUCGCCAUAAUUGGUCAGCUCUCAAACUUGACAUCAUAAAACACGGCCUUCGAAACAGUCAGCUGAUCGGUCUGAUGCCCACAAGUUCCACUUCCCAAAUUCUCGGAAAUUGUGAAUGCUUCGAACCUUACACCAACAACUUGUUUGCACGGAGGGUGUAUUCAGGAGAAUACCAGGUGAUAAACGCACACCUGGUUAAGGAUCUGAUCCGGUUGGGAGUGUGGGAUGAGAGGAUGAGGAUGCUCCUGAUGGCUAACAAUGGGUCUGUACAGAAAAUUAAGAAAAUUCCUCAAAACUUGAAAGCCAUCUAUCGAACAGUUUGGGAAAUAUCCCAGCGUGACGUCAUCGACAUGGCGGCUGACAGAAGUCCAUACGUUGAUCAGAGUCAGUCCAUGAACCUCUUCCUCCAGGAGCCUACAUACGAGAAACUAUGCAGCAUGCAUUUCUACGCAUGGAAGAAAGGAUUGAAGACAGGAUCGUACUAUUUGAGAAUGAGGCCGGCAGCCAAUGCAAUCCAAUUCACCGUUGACAAGACGAAACUAAGCAAAAAUGAUAACGACGACGACGAUGACGAUGAUGGUGACGUAAAUCAUGAUGAUGAUGAUUAUGUAAAUGAUGAUGAUGAUUAUGCAAAUGAUGAUGAUGAUUAUGCAAAUGAUGAUGAUGAUUAUGCAAAUGAUGAUGAUGAUUAUGCAAAUGAUGAUGACGACGAUGUUGGCGAUGGUGACAUUGUGACGAUGACGUAA